AUGCCUACCAGCACGAGCACGAGCACGUCCACUGCCACCUCAACAUCUUCCUCCACAUUUUCAUCUUCUUCAACAUCAACCUCGACGUCAACUUCAACCUCCACUUCGACUAGCGUGUCGACGAGCUCAAGCCCCUCUACCAGCAGCUCAAGUUCAACACUGACGUCGACAUCAGAGUCAUCAUCCUCGAGCACGAGCACUGCAUCGCAAUUCAGCACUUCUUCCGAAACAUCGAGUUUUACCCCCUCUUCCGUCGCUUCUACUUCUGCCUCUGAUUUUACGUCCACCCCCACCUCCACUUCUCCCUCGACCUCUAACUCCACCUCCACCUCCACUUCUACCUCUACCUCCACUUCUACCUCCACUUCCACUUCUACCUCCACCUCCUCGUCCACCUCGUCGUCCACCUCUACUUCUACUUCCACCUCCUCGUCCACCUUUACCUCCACCUCUACUUCUACCUCUACCUCUACUUCUACCUCUACCUCUACCUCUACCUCUACCUCUACCUCUACCUCUACCUCUACCUCUACCUCUACCUCUACCUCUACCUCUACCUCUACCUCUACCUCUACCUCUACCUCUACCUCUACCUCUACCUCCACCUCCACCUCUACUUCUACCUCCACUUCCACCUCCACUUCCACUUCCACUUCCACUUCCACUUCGACGUCCACUUCGACGUCCACUUCGACUUCAACCUCAACUUCGACCUCCACAGAUUCUGUCGCCCUUGUAUUAAACCCUUCAUUUGAGGCUGACUACAUCAGUGAAAUUGGAGAUUUCCAGCCAAAUGCGAUUCAAUCUUGGUCAACCUCUGGCCCCGCUGGCGUGUAUGCGGCAGAUAGCUUGGCCUUCCCCAACAUGGACUUUGACGGACGCAACAUUGCCUAUCUCAAUCGCCAAGCCAGCGUGUCGCAAGUGCUGGAUUUGGUGUUGGCACCACACCAGCUGAUCAACGUGUCAGCCCUGGUCGGAUUCCGUGCUGACCAAAAUGGCGGCGUUUUUGUGCCCUCAUCAAUUUCUCUGCGUGACGAUUUUACCAUCCUACAUGGCGAGGCCGUGCGCUUGACACUGAGCAAUGACAACGAUCGUUUCCAGGUCAAUUUUGACGAUGUGCAUGUCACAACAACCUUUGACCUCGCAACGUCAACCAGCACUAGCAUCUCUACCAGCUCAUCCACUAGCUCCUCAACCAGUACCUCCACGAGUACCGAUACUAGCUCCUCAACCAGUACCUCCACGAGUACCGAUACUAGCUCCUCAACCAGUACCUCUACUAGCACCUCUACCAGUACCUCCUUCUUGACGCUUGUGGCGCUGGGUAAUGGCGGAUUUGAGGUGGAUAGCUUCACCGGCAGCUUCCAAACAAGCAUCGCCAAUUGGGUGGCGCGAGACAACAAAGCCGGCGUCUACAAGCCAGCAGUUGGUGUGAGCUAUGCGGCGGGUCAAUUGGAGGGUGGACAGGCUGCAUAUGUGCGUUCGGGGAGCUACAUCCAGCAAGCUGUACCGGCCCUGACAAGUGCAGAUGUCGGCGUGGAGAUGUCUUUGACCGUGCGUGUCGGCUGGCGUAAUGAAUUCACCACCAUCGGCGACAGCUAUGUGUCCAUUCGCACGAAUACCGGCAUUGUGGUGCAACGCCUGGACUUGCCUGCGACCUCCUUGAUCCAGGGACAAUUUGUUACCAAGGAGCUUACCUGCGUUAUCCCCUCUGACUUGCCGCCAGAUGCCACCUUUAUUGUGCGCAUGGGCUAUGGCACAGCUGUCGGACAGGUUAAUUUUGAUUCCGUCGAACUGACGGCCCGUCGCCUUUGA